UCUGAUUUCUUACAACAUUGCCCCUCUUCUUAGUUUAGAAACUCCAGAUCAAUUUGUACGGCUAAACACAGGCAAGUCUUCAUUUUCUCUACACGAACAGAGCUUUAAGCUGUAGAAAUAUUUCUCAAUUCUCAAAAAUCAUCACUCCCUGGUCGUUUUUACUAAGAUUUUAUUGUAGGGGAAAUGGCAUCGCCAUCAGAAUCAUGGAUGCAAGAAUUCAAUGAAGCAUCAAAACUUGGUGAUGAAAUUAGUGAUAUGAUUUCUGGAAAGAAUUCUUUGCCUCAAUCUGGACCAGAAACACAGCGACAUCUCUCUGCGAUACGGAGAAAGGCCACUAUUUUGACAACCAAACUUGAUAUUCUGCAGUCCCUUUUGUCAGCACUUCCAAGCAAACAGUCAAUAUCAGGGAAAGAGAUAAAUCGGCGUCAAGAGAUGCUGAAAAAUCUGAGUACAAAAGUUAACCAGAUGUCUACUGCUCUCAAAAUGGCCGGUGCUGCUAACAGAGAGAACUUGCUUGGGUCUGAUAGCAAGACAGAUGAUAUUAUAAAUAGAGCAUCUGGCUUGGACAGCCAGGGCCUUGUUGGUUUUCAACGGCAAACCAUGAGAGAACAAGAUGAAGGCCUUGAGAAAUUGGAUGAGACGGUGACAAGUACAAAACACAUUGCAUUGGCCGUCAACGAGGAACUUACCCUACACACUAGGCUUCUGGAUGACUUAGACGAGCACGUGGAUGUAACGAAUUCCCGUAUGCAGAGAGUUCAAAGGAAUUUGGCUUUUCUGAACAAACGCACCAAAAGUGGCUGUGCUUGCUGGAUCUUUCUGGUCAUUGCUAUUGUCAUUCUAAUUGUUGUCGUGUUGGUAUUGAUUAAAUAUUUGUAAUGUUAGGAAUGGUAAGCUCAACAUUCUAAUUUUGUUUUGGCUUUGUGUGCAAUAUUGCUUGGUACACUUGCAUGGCAGAAACAAACGAUUUGUGCUGGUCCUAUGGUUAUGUUUUGAGUGUGUAAUUAACGUAUAGAGCUUUUUGGUGAUUGUCAACGA